AUGAUGAACAAUUGGGCUCAAAGCCGAAAUGUUUCAUCAGAAGAUCAAAGUGAAUCAUCAAAUAAAUCAACAUCAUCACAUAAAAAACGUCAACAAUUAUCAACAUUAUUUAAUAAAACAGCUGAUGUUGAUGAUCCACCAUUUAGUCGACUUUUUCUAUUAAUACCAAAAGCUAUGUCAGAAGAUGAAUUACGAAAUGCAUUUGAAAUUCAUGGUAAUAUUCAAGAUAUUCAUAUGGUACGAGAUCGACGUAGUCAAGAAAGCAAAGGUAUUGCAUAUAUUAAAUAUGAAAAAGCUUCAGCAGCAGCUCGUGCUAUGGAAGAAAUGAAUGGAACAAUUAUUGCUCCACAUACUCGUCCAUUAAAAGCUAUUAUAUCAAGUUCACGUCGUGAAGGUAGUGUACGUGAUCCAGAUGAACAUGAAAAAAUGUUACGUUUAUUUGUUGUUAUACCAAAACAUACAACAAAAGAUGAUUUACGUAAAGUUUUUCAUAAAUAUGGUUCAAUAAUAAAUAUUAAAGUUAUUAAAGAUAAAUUAACAGGUGAAAAUAAAGGUUUUGCUUAUAUAUCAUUUUCAAAAGCAUCUGAAGCAGCUUAUGCACUUGAACAAUGUGAUUCAAGUUAUAAACCAAAAUUUGCUGAACCAUUUUCAUCAAAACGUCAUCAUGAUAAUGAAGAUACACUACCAUCAUCAGCUUCAAUUUAUGGAGCUAUUUCACCUCCGUAUCGUCAAAAAAUGUCAACAAGUAAACAACAUUUAUCACCAUCAUCAAUUUCAAAUGAUCAUCGACCAUCACCACCUCCGUUACUUCCAUUACCAUCAACACGUUCAUUAUCUAAUAUUGAAUCAAAUCAAUCAUUAACACUUUCACCAGUGAAUAAUAGUUAUCAUUUACUAGAGAUUAAUAAUGAACGUCGUUUAAUUGUUCGUUGUGGAAUGACAAUAACUGUAUAUCAUAUAUCUAAAUUAUUUGAUCUUAUACCAAAUAUGGAAGAAUGCUCACCACUUAAUAUAAACACAUUUAAUGAACGUAAGUUAUGA